AAUCACAACAACUUUGAAGCCCCAACUACUCCCACACUCCAGUCCUGUUUGGCACCUGGGAAAGCCUGAGAAAGUGUGAGAAAGUGUCUCACACGCCAUAGCUGCCCUCUGCUACCCUCCUGCUCCAUAUCUUGGAACAUAUAUCGUCAAUUUCGCCAAUUCACAAUGGUUGGGGCUAUAAAGGCAGCCAUUGGAGACGCAGUCCUCACCUUUAUGUGGAUCUUCUGCGCUUCCACUUUGGGGGCUGUAACUGCUGUGCUCUCCACCGCUUUCGGUGUUAAUGGCCUCGUUUGGCCUUCUCUCUUCAUCACCACCGUCCUCGUCUUCAUCCUCGUCAUCGUCUUCACUUUCAUCGGCGACCUACUCGGUGGAGCUAGCUUCAAUCCCACCGGAACCGCCGCUUUUUACGCCGUUGGCGUUGGUUCUGACACUCUCUUCUCCAUGGCUCUGCGUUUCCCUGCUCAGGCAGUUGGUGCUGUGGCUGGAGCUUUGGCAAUCAAGGAGGUGAUGCCGGAAGACUAUAAGCACAUGCUUGGAGGGCCUUCAUUGAAAGUUGAUUUGCAUACAGGAGCCAUAGCUGAGGGAGUGUUGACUUUCUUAAUUACCUUUGCUGUCCUUAUUAUAAUACUCAAGGGCCCUCGUAAUUCUAUUUUCAAGACGUGGUUGCUCGCUGUUGCUACCGUGACUAUGGUUGUUGCAGGAUCUUCCUACACCGGACCUUCCAUGAAUCCUGCCAAUGCCUUUGGUUGGGCAUAUGUGAAUAACUGGCACAACACAUGGGAUCAGUUCUAUGUUUAUUGGAUAUGUCCAUUCAUUGGAGCAAUCUGUGCUGCUUGGUUCUUCCGUGCUCUCUAUCCCCCACAAGUCAAACAAAAGAAGGCUAAGAGCAAGAAGGCUUGAGAGGAAGCUCUCCACCAUGACGACCGUGCUCGACCGUGCUCGUCUUCGGUCGAUAAGCCUGUAAUAAGUAGCCUUCUCCCUUUCUGUUUACCUUCUCCUUUUCAAGUAAAAAUAUCAUCUUUCUUGUCAAGGAUUUAUAGCUCAUUUAAUUUAGUGGUGCCAUAUAGACUUUUUUGUGUGUUUGGUUAGAAGAACAGUGUUUAUAUCUGGGUUAAGGUGGAGUUAGUUCUGGCUCCUCGUUUAAUUUAUUCUCCAUUCCCAUUC